UACGCUUGCCUACAUAUGCCUAAGUAGCAGUAACCCAUCGCAACCAAUAAGAUGUUUGCUUUUAAACAGAGCUCUGUAUCAGACCUCCUACCGGUGGCACGGCAAGUCGGCUUGUGAGCGAGCCUUACGGUAUGCGCCUGGAGAGUCUAUCCACGGAUUCACUGUGAAUGAGGUAACGCCUGUUCCUGAAUUGUUUUUAACUGCAGUCAAGCUCAGCCAUGACAACACGGGUGCCAAAUACUUGCACGUCGCCAGAGAAGAUUCCAAUAAUUUAUUCAGUGUACAGUUUCGGACAACGCCCCUGGACAGCACGGGGGUCCCUCAUAUACUGGAGCACACUGUGCUGUGUGGAUCGCAAAAGUAUCCAUGUAGGGACCCCUUUUUCAAAAUGCUAAAUAGAUCCCUCUCCACAUUUAUGAAUGCAUUCACGGCGAGUGAUUACACAAUGUAUCCAUUUUCCACGCAAAACGCCAAAGAUUUCCAAAACCUCCUGUCUGUAUAUCUAGAUGCUGUGUUCUUCCCUUGCUUACGGGAGCUGGAUUUCUGGCAGGAGGGGUGGAGACUGGAGCAUGAAAAUCCUGAGGAUCCAAACUCACCAUUAAUUUUUAAAGGCAUCGUGUUCAAUGAAAUGAAGGGGGCAUUUACGGACAAUGAGAAAGUAUUUUCCCAGCAUCUGCAGAACAAGCUGCUCCCAGACCAUACGUACUCAGUUGUGUCCGGUGGGGAACCUCUGAACAUUCCGGAUCUGACCUGGGAACAGCUGAAGCAGUUCCAUGCGACUCAUUAUCAUCCCAGCAAUGCCAGAUUCUUCACAUACGGCAAUCUGCCACUGGAGAUACAUUUAAAACAGAUCCACGAAGAUGCUCUGAGCAAGUUUGAAAGAAUAGAUCCUAAAACAUCUGUUCCACCUCAAGAGCGCUGGCAAAGCCCUCGGGAAUACAGCAUUUCCUGUGGCACAGACUCCUUUGCGUCUGAUCCUGAAAAGCAGACAACGGUCAGUGUGAACUUCCUGCUGUCGGAAAUUACAGACACGUUUGAAGCAUUUACGCUGAGCCUUCUCUCCUCCCUUAUGGUUGACGGACCAAAUUCCCCUUUCUACAAAGCGUUGAUUGAAGCCAACCUUGGCACAGAUUUUUCUCCUGAUACUGGAUUUAACAAUUACACUCGAGAAACCUACUUUAGCAUCGGGUUACAAGGAAUAAAUAAAGAGGAUUCUGAAAAGGUGAAGGCUAUAAUUAACAAGACGAUUAACGAGGUUGCUGAGCACGGGAUUGAGGCAGAAAGAAUAGAAGCUCUUCUUCAUAAGCUGGAGAUCCAAAUGAAACAUCAGUCAACAAGCUUCGGGCUCACCCUAGCAUCAUACGUUGCAUCAUGCUGGAAUCAUGAGGGGGACCCUGUGGACCUCUUGAAGAUCGGAGAUAAAAUUAGCCGCUUUAGGGAGUGCCUCAAAGAGAAUCCAAAGUUCCUUCAAGACAAAGUCAAGCAGUACUUUCAGGUCAGUCAGCACCGGAUGACCCUGUCGAUGAGCCCUGAUGAACAGCACUACGACAAGGAAGCACAACUGGAAGCAGAAAAACUGACCCAAAAGGUCAAAGCUUUGUCUGAAGAAGAACGAAAGCAAAUUUAUGAGAAAGGUCUAGAACUGAUAAGGCUGCAGAGCAAACCACAGGAUGCUUCCUGCCUUCCUGCUCUUAAAGUAUCUGAUAUUGAACCCAAAAUCCCACUGACAGACUUAGAUAUCACCUAUGCAGGCGACGUCCCUGUGCAAUACUGUGCUCAGCCAACCAAUGGAAUGGUAUAUUUCAGGGCAGUCUCUAGCCUGAAUACUCUUCCUGAGGAACUAAAACCAUAUGUGCCCCUCUUUUGCUCAGUCAUUACCAAGCUUGGCUGCGGGGUCUAUAAUUACCGGGAACAAGCACAACAAAUGGAGCUGACGACAGGAGGAAUGUCUGUCUGCCCCCACAUUAUAACAGAUGACUCCAAUCUGGAUACUUAUGAACAGGGGGUGGUGUUCUCCUCUUUGUGUUUAGACAGAAACUUGCCUGACAUGAUGCAUCUGUGGAGUGAAAUAUUUAACAGCCCCCAUUUCGAUGAUGAGGAACGAUUAAGGGUGCUGGUCCGUAUGAGCGCCCAAGAAAUGUCCAAUGGAAUCCCAGACUCGGGACAUGUGUAUGCCUCCAUCCGUGCCGGCAGAACUCUCACACCCGCAGGGGAAUUACAGGAACUCUUUAGUGGAAUGGACCAGGUGAAAAUGAUAAAGAGAAUUGCAGAAAUGCCGGAAAUGGGCCCAAUAUUGCGCAAGUUAUCUCGGAUUCGGAAAUACGUCCUGCUCAGUGACAACAUGAGGUGCUCAGUGAACGCCACCCCUCAGCAGAUGCCAGCGGCCUCCAAGGAAAUAGAACACUUCUUGGCCGGAAUCUCUCGCAGCAAAAAGGAACGCAAGUCUAUCCGACCCCAUGUUGUUGAGAAAUCAUCCAGUCCCUCCUCCUCUGGAAGUGAAAUUUCUCGAAGAGCCACAAGAAAGUUGGUCGGCGAUCCAACUUUCAAACCCUGUCAAAUGAAAACUCACUUUUCCCUGUCCUUCCCAGUCAAUUACAUUGGAGAGUGUGUGAGGACUGUACCGUACACACACCCUGAUUAUGCCAGCCUCCGUAUCCUCGCGCGCAUCAUGACCGCUAAAUUCCUCCAUGGAGAGAUCCGUGAAAAGGGCGGUGCCUAUGGUGGUGGUGCCAAGCUCAGCUUCGAUGGGAUUUUUGGCUUUUACUCUUAUCGAGAUCCAAAUUCACUGUCGACAUUGUCAACAUUUCAAAAAGCAGCCGAUUGGGCGAAAUCAGGCCAGUUUACCCAGCAAGAUGUGGAUGAAGCCAAGCUCUCUGUGUUUUCUGCUGUUGAUUCCCCCAUAGCUCCUUCUGAUAAAGGCAUGAAUCAUUUCCUACACGGCAUCUCUGAUGAAAUGAAACAGAAGCACAGAGAGCAGCUUUUCGCCGUCACCCAUUCAGAUCUAACGAACGCCAGUAACAAGUACCUAACUGCCGGUCAGUGCACUCGUGGAACCGCUAUCCUGGGGCCAGAAAAUAGGAACAUUGCAAAAGAUCCCUCGUGGAUAAUUCGAUGACCUUUUUACGAAAGGAGUCAACGCUAUACGAUAUUAUUGUACCUUUUUAUGGAUUUCUAUUUAUAGGAGUUUCAUUUACUAAAGAGUUUUAAUGUGGUCACAUGUCACUAAUGCCAAAUAAAUCAUUUCUACUAAA